UGACCUUGGCGGAACUGUUAAUUGUUUGAAUUACAGUAGCAGAAGCCACAAGCUCGUCGGUGUGGCCUUCAAGUUUUGUCGUAAAAAUGAUCAAAUCAUCAUGUGGAUGAUGUUCAUGCGAAGAAAAAGUGCUCUGACUGGUCUAACAUGAGAUGCUCUUCUCAUUGUGGCCAGGAGCCCUAGGGUUGAGUUGAUGGUGACCGUUGAAAUCGAAGAACCACAGGGUGCUCGCCGUCCUUGAGCGUCGCGCGCCACGCUCGCACGCCAUCCAUGGGCGUGUUCUGAACAUGGCUGAGGCAAUCCUUUACUUGAACAAGGUUUCGUCCGGGUAUAUCAUUGCCCCGACGACUCACAGUCUGGACCACGGGCACGCCAAGCCCUGCAUUCCACGCCAUGGUCAACCCCAGCACUGGCUGUGUCCGGCGGUUCCACAGCACGUCCACACUUUGUUCGCCUCGGUCAUUAAGUAGAUGACCAUGGUUGGUUCGUUGGGCAGUUUGAUUCACUCCGGCUUGCAUGUCGACGUUAUUCUGGUCGGUGGUCGACCUGGGCGCCAAGCCUGGGUUUGGCGAUUUGCAGACGUCACUGUCUGUAUCGCCGUCACCACCCACACCCUCCACGUCAUCACCACCACCGUCGUCGUCAUCGUCGUCUGCCCAGGACAUACCGCCACGUCCCGCUGUGGUUUCACGAUCCGACGACAUGGAAUCAAAACUCGUGGCGGACGAACACGACUCGCGGUCUGACGCGUCGUCAAAACUGAUGGCGGACGGCGCACGGAGCAAGUCGACUCGGCGGCGCGCCACCAUACCUCGUGCCAACGAUUGGAGGAUGAUGCACGCAUGAACGCGCUUCUUUCGGAGCGAAUAUGCACGCCACGCACGCACCAAACGCCGGACAGCCACAAGUUGCUUGGUCAAAACCAUCACAGGACGUGCUUGGUGAACGAAAGCCCGUGAAUUCACCACAUGACGUGCGGACUGGUUGGUGUGAGGACGGGGUUGAAAAGUGUCACGAGAAUUUGCAGGGCGGGUGGGGGUGGUGUUGACGGUCGUCGUCCAAGCUGGAGGGGCGUAAGGGGACACAUAGGCCGUCGCUUUCUUGGGUGGGUCGGCCCACUUGUUGGGGGGCUGGAUGUCGGCAAUGACACUACGGGAAGGAUCUGUCUUGUGGUCGGCGUUGUAGCCUGUGCUUGGUACUUGCGAUGGUGUCGCGUUUGAGUACGUUGGUGGCGUGGCCACUGCGGCACUUGUUGGGCGUGUCGAAGGUUUACUUUUAGGUGGUGGUGACGAUUUUUCGACAUUCGGUGGCACAGCAGCGUUGUGUCGGGUGGGGAAUGUGUUGACCACUCGGUGACCGACGUACAUGACAGCGGACGAUGCAUGGGUGGCGACGUCUUUGCUGAUCGUCUUGGCCGAGUGAUACGCUUGCUGCAUGCUGUACUAGUAAUUUCAAAUUUUGAGCCACAACAACCACAAUAUGGCAAUGGAGUAAUGGAGUGAAGGAGACUUAGCAUUGCUUGCAUCGUAGUCGGUAGAAACCAUAUUCCCAGGUAUGUAGCGCCGUUUUCAUGACGCC